AUGAAAUUAAAACAUAUAGAAAGCGCUAUACAACAAAUUUGUCCUGUACAGGAUUUUGAUGGGCGGCCUACAAUAGAUCUGGAGCAAUAUACGACACCUCCAAGGUUAGCUGCUGAAAUGAUUUCGACGAUUCAAUAUAGCCUGAGCUCUCAUAUGGCUUUGGAUCUAGCCACACUUAAGCAAUUUGGCUUAGUUCUUAUCAUAAAACUCCCGAAAAAUUAAAGAUCAAAUACUUUCCAGUUAAGGAAUUAUGCAACCCCCCUAGCCAUACGAGAACUCGGGAUAUAUGACUUUGAUGAUAUUGAAGGUAAAAUUGUGGCUGAUUUUGGAUGUGGAUGUGGAAUUUUGUCAGCUGGGUGCCUAUUGAUGGAGCCAGAUACGUUAUACGCAGUUGAUGUUGACAUGAAAUGCAUUGAAAUAACACAAAUGCAUUUAGAGGAAGUAGAUGGUAUUGUGGAAUAUUUGCAUUGCAAUAUCAAUGAGCAGAUGGAUUUGAAGGGAAGAGUUAUAGAUACUGUUAUUACAAACCCGCCGUUUGGGACAAGGGUGCAAGGUGCUGAUUUAGGAUUUGUGGUGGCAGGGUUAAAAGCAGCCAAUGUCGUCUAUUCGUUGCAUAAAACUUCAACGAGAGAGAAUUUAAGAAAAAAAGCAAGAGAAAUGGGUGCAAAUGGAGAAGUUGUUAGCUCUGUAAGUUUCGCGUUGCCAAAGAUGUAUAAAAUGCAUAAGAAAAAGAGCGUUGACAUUGAAGUUGAUUUUUGGAGGUUUACAAAAGUAGAAUAG